AUGGCCUCUGUCGCCGCCGUCGCCGCUACCGCUUCUUCCCCUCCCCCUGCCUCCCCUCCAGCUGCCGCAAACGCUAAUGCUAACACUGCCACUUCCACUGUUAAUAAUACUCCUGGUACUCCCACGCCUGCCACCCCUACUGCCCCCGCUACCAUAGCUACUGCUAUUUCCUCCGACUCGUCCCCACCGCUUGGAGAGCCCCUCUCCACACCGUCAAACCCCUCAAGAGGCCCUCCAACCCCCGACGAGCCUCCUCCUCCCACUUCCCCGCCAACGGCCCAAAGCACCAUUUCCACAGCCAGGCACCGGAUACCCUCCUUCCCGCCCCCUCAACCCUCCAGAAUCUCCAUCAUGUCUACCCUAUCGGCAAAGGGCGAGCCCUUCCAUGCCCAAUUCGUCUCGUCGCUGUCAUACACCUCCGUCCGCGACUUUGCCUAUCCGGCGCUUCACCCACUACACUACGGCCCCUCAUCCGCUACUUCCGGCCUAUCCACUCCCGCGGGUUCCCAGCGCGGUUCCCAAUACUUUGAUCAUGGCAGCAAUCAUGGAGGCCAGGCUGGUACCUGGUUUACAGGGGGUGGGGGCGGUUAUCGGAGGUUAUCCGACCCUGCACACCCCUCCUAUGACUUUGGCUUGGGCGGGGAUGCGACAUGGGGCGGGGACUCAUACAGGCAGCGAUCGAAUCAUAAUGACAAUCACCCGCAUCACCAUCAGCCCCCACCGCUGAAUUUCUCCGACGGUCCGCCCUGGAGCGAGGAUGAAGAUUUGCAGAGCCCGGUUGUCGUCUCCAAGCACAGGAAACACAAAUCUUCCGCGGCGCAUUUGCAAACCAGUUCUCAACAUUCUAGGGGCCAGAGUAAGAACGUCAUCACACCCACCACGCUUCAGCACUUUGCCGGGAAUAGCCAUGGUGCCAGCGACGGUGGGUGUGGGCCCAGGAGAGGAAUUGGCAAUGGCGAUGUCGGGUGCGGGGGCGAGGAAGACUGGGAUGGGGAACGCAGAUCGAUUUUGGAGAACGGAAUUUCGCCCGGAGGGGAUUAUUACACGGGCCGAUUGGGGCGCCGGACGGAUCUCGCUGGAGGAGAGCCUGGGGGGGAAUUAUACAACCAUCCCGGGGAUGGGGAGGGAUAUGGACCCAACAGUGCGCGGCAAUAUUAUCACAGCCACCACCAGGGCGGUGGGUACGGCGGGGGGGGAAGAGGGCCGCUGGAUGUCAGGGAUGGGGAUGAAAUCGACGACUUGCUCGACGAUGAUGACGAUCUUGAGGAGGAGGAUAGCAGGUUCAGCCGGGAUUAUCAGUUCACCAUUGCGAGUCCCGACGAAGAGAUGCAUGGGAAGGCUGUUGCGUUAUUCGACUUUAUUAGGGAGAACGAGAAUGAGCUUCCGUUGGUUGAGGGGCAAGUUGUGUGGGUUAGCUAUCGGAUUGGAGUGGGUUGGUUAGUGGCCGAGGAUCCGAAGACUGGUGAGCUAUACCCAGCACCCAAUUGGGUUCUUUCAGGACUAGAGCUAAUGGGAAAUGAAUGAAUAGGCGAAUCAGGCCUAGUCCCGGAAGAAUACGUUCGCCUCCUCCGCGAUCUACAACCACUCUAUACCCCACAGCCGGAAUCGGGAUCCCCACCCAAUCAUCAUCACGGUCAGGAAUCCCCGCUGAUAUUAUCCGGAUCUCCCCAGCCUCCGUCCCCCUCCCCCUCCUCCCCACAACAACCCCCCUCAACAUCUUCGACCUCGGCAACCUCAACCUCGAACAAUAGCGCCCUCAACCCUCCCAUAAUCUCAACAUUUUCGACAUCAUCGCAAGACGUCCACCCAUACCCGUUCCAAUUCCACUACCCAAACGACCACCCACCGGCGCACAUUAGAGCGAAGUCAUCGCCGGACCUGACUGGGGUAGAGACACCAACAGCGGGAGAUCAUAAGGAUCGGAUCGCGCAGCUGCAGAGAGAACAGGAGAGGGCGGUCUUGGAGGAGGCGGCGAUGGGGGGUACGCCGAGGGUGCGUACUGGGGUUGGGUUAGGAUUGGGGAAGGGUGGUGGCGGGGAGGAGGUAUUUUACGACGCUAUGGAAAGGCAGCACGGUCAGCAGCAAAGUUCAGUUGGGGAGUUGGAUUUCCGAGAGGAAGGGAGGGGACGGUAG